AUUAAAAAUAUUGAAAAUGGAGCAUUUUUAUAGGAUUUUCAGGCAACUUUGCCCAACCUAGUCAUCUAAACUAGAGACUGAUAGCAUCUGGACAAGUUUAAGCAAACCAAAGAAGAAUUCAAAGCAGUGACUCUGUAAAUUAAGCUUCAAGCGAGCAAACAUACCUUUCAGAAAAAGAGUUUAUUUCCACUCUCAGACUGCUAGGUUUUACUAAAAAAAUUUAAGGAAAGUUAAGACUGAGAACAUGAUCGAUAACAAUAAUGUGGACUUCUUCCGAUGCUUUUGCCAAAUCUGACAAUGAGUGAAUUCUCAAACGAAGAAGACCUCAAAAAUUAAGACAACAAUGAAUAUCUGAUCAAUUUCUACAAAUUGCUCCGAUAUGCAAAUGAAUAUCAAGCAAACCAACUCAAACUAGUUCAAGCAGAAUUAAAAGCCAAAAAAGACGAAUAUCUUAAAAUUUACUCUGAAGUCAUGGACAAACAAAGCAGAUGCGACCAGAGGCAAAAUAAAAUAUUGGAUGCGAAGACUCAGAUUGCCCACAAGAACAAACUGAACUCCCAAGUUGCUGUGAAAUACAUGAUGACAAGAGACGGUGACUCUAAAGGCAUCUUUUACUGCUGUUCCAAAUGCAAGAGCAAAGCGUCCAUGACCAAAGAAGCAAUAACGAACCACUAUGCUGAAGUGCACGGGUCAAAAGUGCCUAAAUAAAGACCUCCACUGUCUGCUUGCAGAAAUAGAGAAUGAGGAAGAAGAAAAAUCAUUAAAAUAGCGAAAGUAAUAAUCCUCUAUCAUCUUUAGGAUCAACACGUUCGAGAAGAAAAUCUUCAAAGAUAUCAAAAGAUUAUAAAUUGGUGGCAAUCAUUCAAAGAGGUAGAAAACUUUCUUGGGAGUAUGGAAACAAAAGAAUAGUGCAUUUUAAUAAGAGAGUCCAAAGAUUAGAACAUUAUUUUAAAAAACAAAAGGGUUGCAAUAAUUUAGGGAGAAAUUUAGGAUUAUUUGUAGAUACUAUUUAACGUAAUAUGAGUGAGAUGAGGAUUUAAUCAUAAUAUUAUCUGAGAAAUGAUAAGCACAUUAGAAAUCAUUAAAUUUAUAAUAAACUAUUUAUGGUAUUUAGUACCAAACUUUGUGUUUUUAACGUCCAAAUUAAAGACAAGAGAAGAAAAGGAACAGAUUAUGCUUUUACUUCAAGAAUCUUUAAUAAAAACAAUAGAUUCAAAAAAUUUAUUCAUUCAAAACAAAGAUCCUUCUAAAACUCUUAAAACGUAUCUAUGGCACUUCGUAUUAUUUAGUUAUUAAAUUUAACAAGAGUUUCCAAAAACAUCUAGAUCUUUUACAAAGAAUAUGAGCAAACUAUGUAAUCUUUGGUGAUAAAAUAACUAUCCUAAUAAUACAUCGGAAUUCAUCCACCAUACCACUGCCUAGACUUGCUUGAUUUGACCUAGGACUGACCUAUAUCGUCGUUUAAUUUGGAAAAUACUAUAAACAGACAGAUAAUAACUUAGGACAAGCAAGUUAUAAUUAUGAACAACUAAAGCCUACCCUAAUAAUAGAAACAUUCACCCAUUCGAUGACUAGAAAAUCAGAUAAGAAGAGAGCAAAGGUUUAACCCUUUCGGC